AUGGACGGGGGGCCCCCGAGACUCCCUGGACCCCCUGACCCUCGGGACCCCCAACCCUCGGCUGCUGCAGGGGGCCGGCCCUGUCCCUGCCCCUCCCCCGAGCCCGAGCGGCGCCGGGGCCGUGCUUUGGGGGCCCUGGGGGCUCCCGGGCCGGGACGGGGAGGGGACCCUGCCCUGCCCAUCUACGUGGUGACCCCCACCUAUGCCAGGCCGGUGCAGAAGGCAGAACUCGUUCGCCUCUCCCAGACCCUGCUCCACGUGCCCGCCCUGCACUGGGUGGUGGUCGAGGACGCCGCGGAGCCCUCUGCGCUGGUCGGGGGGGUCCUGGCGGCCUCGGGGGUCUCGUUCACGCACCUGAGCGCCGAGACCCCCCCCGAGCUGCGGGGGCCUGGGACCUGGCUGUUCCCGCGGGGGGCGGAGCAGCGGAACCGGGCCCUGCGCUGGCUGCGGGACACGCGGGGCCCCCUCGAGCCGGGGGUCGUGUACUUCGCUGACGACGACAACACCUACAGCCUGCGGCUCUUCGAGGAGAUGCGCAGCACGCGGGGUGUCGGUGUGGCCGGUGGGGCUGGUGGGGGGGCUGCGGCUGGAGCGGCCCCUCGUGUCCGGGGGUCGCGUCGUGGGGUUCCACGUGGGCUGGAGGCCGGACCGGCCCUUCCCCUGGACAUGGCGGCGUUCGCGGUGCGGCUGCGGCUCCUCCUGGCCCGGCCCCGCGCCCGCUUCGACCCCCGCGCCCCCCGCGGCUUCCUGGAGAGCAGCUUCCUGGGGGCGCUCACGACCCCCGCCCAGCUCGAGCCGCGGGCAGACAACUGCACGCAGGUGCUGGUCUGGCACACGAGGACGGAGAAGCCGAAGCUGAACCAGGAGGAGCAACUUCAGCGCCAGGGCCGGGGCUCAGACCCCAACAUCGAGGUGUAGGGACCCCCAAAAUGCAGGGGGGGGGCCCAAAACCUCCACACCGAGGUGUAGGGACCCCCAAAACCCCACACCGAGAUGUAGGGACCCCCAAAACGCAGGGGGGGCCUCAAAACCCCCACAUCAAGGUGUAGGGACCCCCAAAACCUCCACACCGAGGUGUAGGGACCCCCAAAAUGCAGGGGGGGCCCCAAAACCUCCACACUGAGGUGUAGGGGGACCCCCUUCAAAUUCAGGGACCACCCCCAGCCCCUAUUUAUGACCAGGAACCCCCCAGUUUUUUGGGGGCCCCCCCUUUGUGUCUCCCCAAUAAACUGUCCCUGUCCA